CAUGCGCAGUGGUGCAUCGCAACUGUUGGCGCCAGCGGCAAGGGGACAGGUUCGAUUCCCGGUGAACAGAGGAGACAAAAGCAGCCAUGACAAGACAAAGUGGUCGCCUGCAGAAAAGAUCUGAAAAUGCUCCAGGGCAGAAAAGCAUAGUUUCAAAACAAAUCAACAGGAAAAAGGUCCAGCCCUUGUUGAAGCUGCAGUGUGAGAAGAACCAGCUGAUUCUUAAAGGCGUCACCAGGCCCCAUGUUGUUGUUGAGACUCUGAAGGGAACCCAGAUCGUCUCCUUGGCUCGGCCGUCCCCUCUGCCUCCUCUAGGAUGGGGCUCCUCUGAGGAUGUGUGGGUGAAGAUGGUUGGAAAGGAGCAGAUCUACAGACACAGUGAGGGCUUCACGCAGAAACACCCCACGCUAAAACCCAGAAUGAGAUCAAUCCUCCUCGACUGGUUGAUCGAGGUGAGUGGGGCGUACACGCUUCACCGGCAGACGUUCUACCUGGCUCAGGACUACUUCGACCGCUUCAUGUUGACCCAGAACAACGUGCAAAAGAACAUGCUGCAGCUCAUUGGGAUCACCUGUCUAUUCAUAGCAUCAAAGAUGGAGGAAGCUUGUCCUCCAAAACUCUCACAGAUGGUUCAUAUCACUGCAUGGACCUACCAUGAUGAAGAGAUUCUUCAAAUGGAGUUAAUUGUUUUGAAGGCGUUGCGUUGGAACCUCUGCCCGGAAACAGCCGUGUCAUGGCUGACGCUUUAUUUCCAGCUGGCUUCGAUGAACGCCAACUCCGACCUGCUGGAGCCGCAGUUUCCCCGAGAGCUCUACGUCCAGAUGACUCGGCUGUUGGAUCUCUGCAUCCUCAGUAUGAACUCUCUGGACUUCCAGUACCGAGUGUUGGCUGCUUCAGUCCUGUGUCAUUUCCUUCAGCAGGAAACAGUUGAAAAGGUCUCAGGUCUGUCGAGAGACGUCCUCCAGCCCUGCCUGAACUGGAUGGCUCCCUUCGUGGGUCGGUUGGGCCGAGCGACACCGGAGGAUUUUGCCAGCAUUAAAGAAGAGAGACACAACAUCCAGACACACACAGACUACUUGACCAUGCUGGAUGACGCCAGUAAUAAAGAAGUGAUCGGGGAGUUCCUCACUCCUCCGAGCAGCACAGAGAAGCAGUGAGCUGCUGCAGGAGGAGGAGACGCUGAAGUGAACAGAGGAGAAACAAACACUGAGUCCUGUUCUCUGGAGACGCCUCCCAUCACAACCAGUGCAGGAAAAAAAGACUGUUUACAGGAAUCAGACCUGAUGUGAUUUUUAAUUCUCGUGUGGCGCUAAAGUUUGUUGCUGAACGUUUCCUGAACAGUUUUAAACAGAAUCGUAUCGAAGCGAUGUUUGAUUCAGAAAAAAGUUUUUGCUGUAAGUUGUCAUUUCUAAGUGACAUUUUAAACUGUGUGCAAUGUCAAAUUUUUGUAGCAUAUUAAAUAUGUUCAUCACCAAAACUUCAGGUUGAAUUCUGUUAGAAACAGUAGUCUGUGAAAGUCUCAAAGGAAAAACUGACUCAGGGCAUUUAAUCGUCAUGAACUGUUUUUUUCAAAAGAUUACAAAUGUACAAAUGAGCUGUAUUUAUUUAGAAGUUUAUUUUCUACCACAAAAUAAAAAAAAUGCACCCCCC